GUUUUUUGUUGUAAAGAAAAAACUCUUUUAAUUUGAUUAUAGUAAGUCAGUGUUUGUGUGGUGUUUUUAUAUAGGGCCACACUUCAUGUUCAAUCUGACGAUUGCUAUCUGGGCGUGUGGUCGGUCGACGCUGCAGCCUGCAGUUCUGUGCACCCCCACAAGGUGGCCUCUUUUUCCACCUGAGCACCUGCCCCCAAAAUGUUUGUGCACGCCACUGGCGACCCUGAAGCAACAGAGAUCGUCGUGCUUUUACUUUGAAAAACGACACGCAAAAUGAAGCAGUGACGUUGAUCACGUGAUUCACAGCAGGACGUCACGUCCAUCUGUCAAAGCGGGGGGAGAGUGUUCGUGUGUCCGCUGGAGGUUUCCUCACAACCCGUCCUCAGUUCUGGAUCUACAGAGUCCCUUCAGGAGGACAUGGACCGUCUGGGCAGACCGCUGGGGAUCAACUGGGAGCCUCGGGUCCGGGUCCACAGACCGCUGGGGGUCAACUGGGAGCCUCGGGUCCGGGUCCACAGACCGCUGGGGGUCAACUGGGAGCCUCGGGUCCGGGUCCACAGACCGCUGGGGAUCAACUGGGAGCCUCGGGUCCGGGUCCACAGACCGCUGGGGAUCAACUGGGAGCCUCGGGUCCGGGUCCACAGACCAGACCACCAACCUGUCUGCAAAACCAUUUCUGUUCAUGAGCAGCAACCUCCUCGAGUUAAAGAAGAACCUGAGGAACCAGAACCUCCACGAGUUAAAGAGGAAGAGGAUGAUCUCUCCAUCAGUCAGGAUGAAGAUCAACUUGAAACGAAGCAGGAAACCACAACCUCAGUGGUGACAAGUUGUAUCAAGAAAAGUGAUCAGAUGGAACCAGAACCAGACAAAGACCCGGUCCUCUCUGAGAACAGAAGUCCCACCAGCGAUCCGGACAUCUCUGCAGAGACUGAGACUAACCCUGAAGCAGAUCUGGAGUCUUUUCAAUGUGACAAAUGUGAGAAAAGUUUUAAGAAUAAAUACCACCUAAAAAGACAUCACAGUGUCCACACAGGUGUGAAACCAUAUGUCUGUCAGCUCUGUGGGAAAAGGUUCAAAGAAAGUAGUUACUUACCAGUCCACAGGAGAAUUCACACUGGUGAGAGACCAUUUUCCUGUGACACAUGUGGGAAAAGUUACUACAGUAGUGGUCACUUAAAGGAGCACAAAAGGUGUCAUACAGGUGAGAGGUAUGUUUGUAAAACUUGUGGGAAAAAUUAUUCAAGCUCUUCUGCAUUACACAACCAUCAGUCCAUUCACACAGGAGAGAGGCCCUUUAGUUGUAAACUUUGUGGGAAACAUUUUAGAAUUCAAGAGAAAUUAGACAAACAUAUGAGGGUCCACACCGGGGAAAAACCAUAUUGCUGUGGGAUUUGUGGGAAAUGUUUCAUAGAUGCUUACAAACUAAGGCUCCACACUUUGGUCCACACUGGUGAAAAACCACAUUCUUGUAAAACAUGUGGGAGAUGUUUUGCUACAAAGUGUACAUUAAGCGCACACAUGAAAACUCACACGGGUGAGAAACCGUUUGCUUGUGACAAAUGUCCAAAACGUUAUACUGCUAAAAGAAAUUUGAUAGAGCACAUGAGAAAUCACGUUUUCAAGAAACCUUAUCCUUGUGGUCAGUGUGAGAAACGUUAUAGUGUUAAACAAACUUUGAUGCAGCACAUGAAGAGACACCAUACAGAAGUAGGAUGUUUGUGACAGAUGUUCACACAGGAGAGAAGCCAGAUCCUUGUGGAUCUUGUGGAAUAUUAAUGAUAAAAACAAUGUUUUGGUUUGCAAAGGUUCUUUUUGGUGACACAAGAAAAUCAGCUGUAGUUUUAGUUCUUAAGUCUUUGAACAAGUGCUGCUUUUUGUAAAACAUCUGUAUCUGAAUGACUGAUUCAAAGACUUGUCCUCAGGCAUUCUGCUGAGACAAUCUGGGGUUUUUAAAAUGGAGCUGAAAUCUUUUUUUAUAUUAGUUAAUCUGUGAUGUCUGUUUUGUUUCAACUCCUGUAGAGAACUUUGAGCAGAGUCGUCCUUACAUUCUGCUGUCUAAAUGAUAAACUUUGAUUUAUUUUGAUAACGGGUUAUUUUUCAGUGUUUUGUCUGACAGUCAGGGUCAAACCACUGAUUUCCUGUUUGUUCGACAGGAAACAAGGUCAGAGCUGCAGAUUAUAUCUGAGUUUCAGUUUAAAUAUUUGGAGUUUUACUUUGUGCUGGGAGCCAAAAUCUGAGAUUUUAU